CUCUUCCCAUCCGCAGCCCCUUUACUUGUCCGCCACGACAACUGAGGGCGCCGCCUGCGUGGGCUGGGUAUUUGAUCCCGGGGCUGACUUUUGUUCUCUGGGCUUCAAGGAAUAAUGUAUUUGUGGCCUUGGACAUGAAGUAAUUGGACCUGUUGCUGUUGAUAUAGAAUCAGGGACUGAUGAGGGAAGCAUGGACCUAAUGAACGGGCAGGCAAGCAAUAUUAAUAUCGCAGCUACUGUUUCCGAGAAAAGUAGCAGCUCUGAGUCGCUAAGUGAGAAGGGCUCUGAAUUGAAGAAAAGCUUUGAUGCUGUGGUAUUUGAUGUUCUUAAGGUUACGCCGGAAGAAUACGCGGGUCAGAUAACACUAAUGGAUGUACCAGUGUUUAAAGCUAUUCAGCCAGAUGAGCUUUCAAGUUGUGGAUGGAAUAAAAAAGAAAAAUAUAGUUCUGCACCGAAUGCAGUUGCUUUCACAAGAAGAUUUAAUCAUGUAAGCUUUUGGGUUGUUAGAGAAAUUCUCCACGCUCAGACAUUGAAAAUAAGAGCAGAAGUUCUGAGCCACUAUAUUAAAACUGCUAAGAAACUGUAUGAGCUUAAUAACCUUCAUGCACUUAUGGCUGUGGUUUCCGGCUUACAGAGUGCACCGAUUUUCAGGUUAACUAAGACAUGGGCGUUAUUAAGUCGAAAAGACAAAACUACCUUUGAAAAAUUAGAAUAUGUAAUGAGUAAAGAAGACAACUACAAAAGGCUCAGAGACUACAUAAGCAGCUUAAAGAUGACGCCCUGCAUCCCUUACCUAGGCAUCUACCUGUCGGACUUGACGUACAUCGACUCAGCGUACCCAUCUACAGGCAGCAUUCUAGAAAAUGAGCAAAGGUCAAAUUUGAUGAAUAACAUUCUUCGAAUAAUUUCUGACCUACAACAGUCCUGUGACUAUGAUAUACCCAUGUUGCCUCAUGUCCAGAAAUACCUGAAUUCUGUUCAGUAUAUAGAAGAACUACAAAAGUUUGUGGAAGACGAUAAUUACAAGCUCUCGUUAAAGAUAGAACCAGGGACAAGUACACCACGUUCAGCUGCUUCCAGAGAAGACCUAGUAGGUCCUGACGUGGGAGCCUCGCCCCAGAGCGGGAGGAAGAGCAGCGCUGCGGAGGGCGCCUCACUGCCACAGACACCCCCGUCCCCUCGGAACCUGAUUCCACACGGACACAGGAAGUGCCACAGCUUGGGUUACAAUUUCAUUCAUAAGAUGAACACAGCAGAGUUUAAGAGUGCGACAUUCCCAAACGCAGGUCCACGGCACCUGCUGGAUGAUAGCGUCAUGGAGCCACACGCACCGUCACGAGGCCAAGCUGAGAGCUCCACGCUUUCCAGUGGAAUUUCCAUAGGGAGCAGUGACGGCUCUGAGCUAAGUGAAGAGACCUCAUGGCCAGCUUUUGAAAGGAACAGAUUAUACCAUUCUCUCGGCCCGGUGACAAGAGUGCCACGAAAUGGCUAUCGAAGCCACACGAAGGCCAGCAGUUCUGCGGAGUCAGAAGACUUGGCGGUGCACUUGUACCCAGGAGCUGUUACUAUUCAAGGUGUCCUCAGGAGAAAAACUUUGUUAAAAGAAGGCAAAAAACCCACAGUAGCAUCUUGGACAAAGUACUGGGCAGCCUUGUGUGGAACACAGCUUUUUUACUAUGCUGCCAAAUCUCUGAAGGCUACAGAAAGAAAACAUUUCAAGUCAACGUCAAAUAAGAAUGUGUCUGUGGUGGGGUGGAUGGUGAUGAUGGCUGAUGAUCCAGAGCAUCCAGACCUCUUCCUGCUGACUGACUCUGAGAAAGGAAAUUCAUACAAGUUUCAAGCCGGCAGCAGGAUGAAUGCGAUGCUGUGGUUUAAACACUUGAGUGCAGCCUGCCAGAGCAACAAACAGCAGGUUCCUACAAACUUGAUGACUUUUGAGUAAAAGCCCGAGAAAGAGGAGGUGAACCGUUGUUCCUGCAUGGAGCAAGGACCUGCUGCAAGCAUCAGCCGCACCAUACCGUGCCAGGAAGAGCCCCAGGCUCCAGCCCAGCCUCUGGAGCUCAGAACCAAAAGCACUAAUUUCAGGGAAUGAAGUGAGAUAUUCCCAGAGAACAAAUUGGAGUUGCAAAACAAACUGCCAUGAACUAUGCUUCUAUCUCCGAACUGACCUGUGGAAACCACUGCCUUAACAGAGUGAGAGGAAAACCAACACCAAACAGUGUGUGUGAAUCUUCCGGUGGUGCUGGGCUUGGAAUAAAUUGUAGCUACUUUGCGUUUCUUUUAACUUUGUACUAAUUUUGGAGGGGAAACCAUCUUUUUUUAAAUACACUUUAAAAAGGAAAACCCUUUCUAAUGGAUUCCAUCCAGAGCUGUUUUAGGUGCAGUGAGAAGGACCUGGGAGGAGCAGGCCAACAGCCCCACCCCACCCCACGCCCCCCGCAGGGUCUUGUCAGCCUCUGCUCCUGGCUUCAUUUCCCCACAGCAAGAUGUGGGAGUUGGGUGAUGGCAGUGCAAGUUAUGGGGGUGUGUUUGGGAUAGGGUGUGCUUUAUUUGGGGUGAGGGGUGUGUUUAAACUCUACGCUUCGGAAUUGAGUGCUAGAAGGAGGUGCAGAGGCCAAGCGUUCCCACGCAGCCAGCUCCAGAAAACACCUUCUUUCUCACUGCUUUACCUUCUGUUGAAUUCACUGUUGGCCACAAAUCUGUAUAGAAGAAUGGUAAUCCCAAGCUGAGGUUUCUGUAGAUUCUUCUCAAGUGGAUUCUCCGACCACAGGUGUUCGUCGUUGUGGUGAAGACCCUGGUGUUUUCCAGGGCAGGGUCUCGCCCUUUGCAGUGUUUAAGGUGCAUUAUGCCAGACUUUUUAUUGAAUUUGUUUUUGUUCAGUAUGAGGUUCAAGAGCAUACUUGUUUAAAAGAUUCUUCAUAUGUAUGUAUGUGUUUUAUUGUAAGACAAAACAGUUUUAAGAAGAAUAAAGGCAAAGUUUGAAGCUCUAGGAGUUAAAAAUAUAAAACCAUUUCUCUGUAUGACUUCCCAAGAUAUUCCAGAGCAUUUUUAGAAAGCUUACUGUCGGUCCCCAACCUGAAGCUAUGUUUUGUUAUAACUGGCCAAGCAGUUUUGAGAGUGCUUUCCUAGGCAAUAACGCAUUUAAUUUUUAAGAUAAAUGUUGGGCUUGAGAUAGCCUCAAAUUUUAACCAAGAAUAGCCCAUGGAUAGACUGCUGAGGGCUAGGCUCUUAGUGGUGGCUCCACAUGCAGAGGCCUUGACUUACACCUCCAAAGCAAAUUGUUCUUUGAGUCACACAUAAAAAUUCUCGCAUUUGUAUACUUAAAGAAUUGUGUGCUUUUUAUCAGAAAUAUUUAUCAAGUCCAUUGAGCUUAAUUGGAAAAUACUGUGUGUACAAUAAUUUAGCUAAUUAGCUAAAAAAGAGAUCAGUUCAAGAGAAAGUGAAGAGCCUUUUCUGAGUGUUUCUAACUUCAAUAAUUCAAAUGUGUUCGGUAUGUGACAGAAAUACAUUAUUUGGUGUUUCAUUAACAAGCACUGAAGGCACACGUCGCCUGUAUGGAAUGAUUUUUCAUAUAAUGGUCUAAGCUUAACCCAUGUUGGGUAUACACAGACAAACAUUACUGAGUAGCCAGCAGUAUUAUAGUGUAGACUUUGCACAUCUUACUUUGUUUUGCAUAUUUUUAGCAAUAUCUUAGUUUAUUUUGCUCCUGAAAUGUUUUAAAUAGUGUACUGCUGUUUUUGAGAUACUGUGAAUGAGAACCCUGUGGCUUAUUACUACUUUAUCAGACCCUCGCAUCUGUGGAGAUGGGCGGCUAGCAGAGGCCGGCCUCACAGUUCUGCCAAAGAGAAAGCACAGAGGUGGAAGACGUGUUUGCUGCGUCCAGCUCUAGACACUGAGGGUGUGUAGGGGAGAACCACAUUCAGAUCUGAUUAGCCAGUCUGUGUUAGCACUGUGGCCUCUGGCUGACUGAAACUAUUUUUCUACCUUAAAAUUUGCUUUAAGUAUCAGCUGUUGUUUCUUAGGAUGAUUUUAGAAACUGAGAGAUGAGUGACAUAGAAUAGCUUGAGUUUUUUUAUCUAUAAUUCACAAAAUGGUAGCAGAUUAUAAUUGAAACAAAGAAAACAUUGCCAAACUAUAUUAAAUAUUUGAGUACUUUAUUUGUUGGAGAAUGAAUCCUAUUACACUCAGCUGUGAAGUGACUCACAGGCCCGUUUUCAUGAACAUUAAAGCUCAUUUGUUUCCCUCCUAGCCAGGGAGAGCUCUUUAGAAAUCCAGUUAAAGCAUAUACUUCAGCUGGUGUGGAAGCAGACUGAAUGGGUGUUCUGUGACUUGGUGCAGUGGUGUAGUGCUAGCCGUGUCUCCUCUGACAGCUCAUGUGGACAUAAAGGCUUCUUUUCCUUAAGCCCGUGUUUGAAGUGCACCUGUAAAACCACUGCGUAACGCCCAGCACUGUUUGCGCCUCACGUGCUUGUUUUCAAAAUAUUUUCACUAUAGUGUCCGUGCUGUAAGGAUCAAAAGAGAAUUGAUGAAAUACAUCUUUCUUUUUGGUUUUGUUCAGUGUGUAUUUGUGUAAACAAUUCAAAGGAGGAGCCAGUUUGGGAGUAUCUCUCUCAGCAUAUGUUUCUGUGGCGGUCACUUUUUCUGUAUGAACAGAACCACCUUCUUCAUAGUCUACUGCUCUUGGGCCUCAGUGUCAGAGUCAGGGUGAUCACAGCUGCAGCUUUGAUGAUGGUCUUUGUUUCCACCUCGAGGUUUAUAAAGAAGCCCAACAAGCAGCAUGGUUAUCUGGGAGGAAUGGAGGCACGCUUAGACCCCUCAGUAGCUGAGAUGGGUCCCUGUGAGUAUUGCUUCGUCAGCCUCUGGGGAUUAUGAGCAUUUAGCUAUCCAGAUGACUUUAGCAGAAAGUUUUUUCCUGAGGUUAAAUCUGUUAAUUACAUGAGGUUAAAUCUGUUAAUUACAUAUACUUAGAACUGUGAGGCACUGUAUUGAUUGGAAAUGAGUACUAAUAGACUUAAUUCGUUGGCUUUUUAAGAGAAGACACCUUGUGCUGGUGUCCUUCCUGUUUACGGAGGCACUUUCCUUCCUAACUGGGUUUUGAGCCAUCCUGUUAUCUUCUGCAAACAAGAGGUACCAGUGUGGCUUAAUGGAAGACAAGCUUUAAUUUAAAAAAUCCUCUGCCCCUAAGACUUAAAAGAAUUGUAUCCUUUUUGAAAAUGGAGCUGCACUUGAUUGUGCCAGAGCCCAGCAUUAGUGCUGCGAGAACAGCGAGGGGCCAGUGGUGGGCGUGUCUGAACUGUAGCCUCCUCUUAGGGCUUGCGCUCAUUUUCUCUUCUUUUGUAUUAUUUCUUAUUACCAUUCAGAUUUUACAGCCGGAAAGGUGUUGCUUUUUUUUUCUAAGCCUCUGAGACACAAAAACAUUGCUGUUAAAUAGUUUUGAUGAUAAAUUACAUGUGAACCUUUUCAAAAUGAUUUAAGUACCUUUUGGCUUUGCUUCCCUAAAAAAUGGCUUGUGUCUAAAGUGACUUCAGUUUGAGAGUUCUACUGAAGAGAUGCAUACACUCCAGCUUUUCAGCUCAGUGAAGGCAAUUGCAUUUUAUCCUCUUGCCAGCCAUAGUGUGGAGAACAUUGGAUCAGUGCCUUAUCAAUUUGGACCAGUUUUAGGGCAUUGAAGACGGCUAUAAUCAUCUGCCCUCUUAAUCCUCUGGCUUAAGGGGUGUGCCAUCCCUCUCUUCACCCACAAUUUCACAGCAGCCUGAAGAUGACUGCGCAGACAUCUGGAUACUGCAAUCCUCCAGUCGUAAUUCUUUUGCAGCUAAGCCCCCCUCCCUGCUGCUGUCUUGUCUGGGUAGGUUAAUCAUACAUGCACUCACGUGAGCCUUUUAAUGGGCACUCUGAGUGCUGGCUCUGAACUCCAUCUGAGCAGGUUUGAAUUCGGUGUUGUUUUGAGCUUAGGUUAGUGACAAGGACUGUCGGGGAAAUCCCUAACGGAGUAAGAUGCAUGCAGAAGGAGUUGUUUCGGUUUUACUAAAACUACUAAAAUACUCAGUGGCAAUCCCUUUAGCCAGAAAUGAAAUGUAUUUCAGUUUCCUAUUUAAGACAGAAUGAACAAGCAGUCCCUUACCCUGCUGGUUAUUGCUAUCUUGAAAAUACACAAGAAAGAGACAGUGCUAUUAAUAAAUCAGGCAAGAGAAACCUAGCUUAGGUUUCUCAGCCAAAGCAAAGUUUGAAAACGUUUUGCUUAGGAUGUUGGAAGGCCAGGAGAUACUAUUGUCUGAGUAGAAAUGUUGUUUUCAGAAUCCUUAGAGAGCAGUAGAUACAGAUACACAUGGUCUUUGGAGCCAGUGAGAGGGGUAGCAGGUCCUUGGCGGUUUUUUGGCAAAAUUUAAGAUCUGAUUCCAGUCAAUUGGUCUACAAAAUAGAGUUAAAGGAAUUCAUGGAGUGCUUGGGAAGGAAAGCAGAAAAUACCAAAUAUCAGCAAGAUAUUUCAAAUUUUUAUAUCAAGUAACGAAUGUCAUGUCCCUGACGAUGUCACCUAGUAGAACUCACAGUAUGGUUCCAGAAAGUAUUGAGUUAGUGGGUGUGACUAAGAUAGCUGAUGGGAGACCCAACUCGUUUCUCCAGCUUGAUUGUUGAUGUUCAUUCUUUGACAACCCACUGAAGGACCUGGAAGGAAGAGCUCAAACAUCUGUAGGGAUAAAUAUCCAAAGCUAAUAUUUAAAAAAGAAAGAAACAUUCACAAGCCAUUUUCAUCCUUUGUCUCAGUUAACUUGAGGUACUUAAUGAUGAAGUGUUCACUUGCACUAUGACCUCUUUGAGUGAUGUGCAACUUGGUUCCUCUCUGGUUUUGUUUCUUUUUAAUAUGCAGAAGUGAGUGUGUGAUCUUCAGUGCGUUUGCAUAAGCUAACUUAAGAUGAAUUUAAGAACAGUUUUCUGAAAUAUUUCUAUUGAAAUAAAUGACUUAAAAUUA